UCCCCCGUGGCACCUGUCGCACCCAGCUCAGCCGUUGCUAGCCGCCUGGCACGCUCUUCCAGCGUUAGCCAGGCUGAGAAAGGCUGUGCCUCGUUCUGGCUCAAACCUUUCUGCUUUUCCUUUCUCGUUAAUUGCCAUCCGCUUGUCUUUACACGAGUCUGAGCUUGAUUGACAUUGGUCUGCUUUGCAGUGGCCCAACGAAUGUGCUUUAGCUUUAAAAGAAUGCUUUCACGUUUUAUUGUUGGAGGAUUUUCCCGCUUGCAUCAUUUGACCUUUGCUACCCACAGUCUGUCUUUUCCUUUUGUCCGAGUGAAAAGAUGAUACAAAAGGUGAGACAAGACCGAAUUAUGUGAAAAAAAAAAAAAACUUUUCCGUAGCCAAUUAAAAUGCAGAAAUUGACAUCUGAAGCCUUUAGCUUCAAAGCAUAUGAAAGCGUUAAACGUUGGUGUUACAUACUGGAGUAUGUAGAGAGUCAAAAGCUUUUUAGCUAAAAUCACGAGGGUAAAAAUGACUUGAAACUUGCCAGCAGUUGAAAACACUGCUGGCUCAGUUUAAUACAUGUAGAUUUGUGUCAUCUUUGUCAUUGUUGUAGCACCGAGUUCCCAGUCAAAUGCAGGUUUGUUUGACCCUGUACACACUUUCCUGGAUCGAAAUGGCAAUAAAGGACCUUUGACCACCUUUUGUUUGCUAAAUCUGAGCAGUCUUCAGCUAUAAAUUAAGAAAAUGCUUUGUCUGCUACAGCUAACCUACUUAACGCUACACUGCACAUUGUACUUUGUCUUAAAACCUUUGACUAUAUUUUGUCCAUAUUUUUUUUGUUUCUAACUUUUCCCUUCUGUGUCCAAAACACAGUGAAGCACUUUUGCUGUCACUGAAAGACUGGUGGAACGUCAUGGUUCACUGUAUUUUCAUUGAAUGAGAAUGAUAAUCUAAUCACACUAAUUAUUCUAAUCCUUGUAAUACAUCUAAUUGUCACCACAGCCUCCUAACCUUCAAUCCAAUAACUCAAUCACUCAUCAAGUGAAUGAUUUUUAAUUGUCCAGGCCCGAUGACAGCACAGCAAAAGAGCGGCGCGGUGGUCCUGUCGGAUGAUUUAAAGAACCCGGCCAUGGAAAAACUGGACCUAGUCAGAAAAUGGAGCAUCAACACAUAUAAAUGUACGAGGCAGAUCCUGUCCGAAAAGCUGGGCCGUGGCUCGAGGACCGUGGACCUUGAGCUGGAGGCACAAAUCGAAGUCCUGCGCGACAACAAGCGAAAGUACCAAAACAUCAUCAAGCUGGCUCAGACUCUGGGCAGCCAGCUGUCCCAGAUCAUGCAGACGCAGAGGCAGCUGGGCGACGCCUUUGCCGACCUCAGCCUCAAGUCACCAGAACUUCAUGAGGAGUUUGGUUACAACGCUGACACCCAAAAGCUUUUAUCCAAAAAUGGAGAGACGCUGCUGGGGGCUAUUAACUUCUUCAUUUCCAGUGUGACCACACUAGUGGAGCAAACUAUUGAAGACACCAUGCUUAACAUCAAGCAGUAUGAAAUAGCAAGAGUCGAGUACGAUGCGUACCGCACCGAUUUGGAGGAGUUGAAUCUGGGACCUCGCGAUGCCACCACUUUGCCCAAGAUUGAGCAGUCUCAGCAGCAGUUCCAGGUCCACCGUGAGAAGUACGAGAGGAUGCGAAACGACGUCUCCAUCAAGCUGAAGUUCCUGGAGGAGAACAAGGUGAAGGUGUUGCACAACCAGCUCAUCCUGUUCCACAAUGCCAUAGCCGCAUACUAUGCUGGAAACCAACAACAGUUGGAACAGACACUCAAGCAGUUCCACAUCAAGUUGAAAAUGCCUGGUGGAGACAGUCCGUCUUGGCUGGAAAAGCACUAAACACUUAAAAAUCCUCCCCAACGCUUCUUAAGCUCUGCCACUGCCUUUCAAACUAUCACAAUUGUAAGUCUUUUAAUGUAAUACAAAAAACAAUCUGUUUUUGAUAUUUUGUUCUGUUAUGUUAUUUCGGAUCAUUGGACAGGCACUUUUCCUACCUGUUUGACAAAUCCGUUGAACAGGAAUUGCUGUAGUAAACUCAUUUGGAAACUGUAAAUGGCCUUUUUUUGCCAGCAUAUGAAUGUUGUGUCCCAGCAGAGCAGAUGUUUGCUCUGCGACGAUAGCUACAGGAUCAAAACUACAUUUACAUCACUCUCCUCAGCUGACUGAGCGUGGGAUGAAUGCUUUACGAAAAUCUAAUCAAGCAAGCUGUUUGUUUCAGCGUGUCUUCUUUAUGAUUUGACUUAAUACCUAAAAAGGUAAAAGCAAAUUGGUUACCUCACCAGUACACAGCAGUACUUGGUGAAUAGGUUUGUUUCAUUGCUGAUAUAUGACAGGGACUCUCGUAUUUGCCUGUUUACUCUACAGCUAUAGCAGCAGCUGGUUAUCUUAUCUUAGCAUAAAUGGUGGGAAACGGCUCGCAAGGCCCUGUCCAAGGGUUCAGUCGUUCUGCCUAGCAACAUGUCUGAACCUCGCUACUACCAAAAGCCAAAGUUGCAAAGUCAGCGUUACCCCUGGUUCCUCUCUUCAUUCUAAGAAGAACAAGUGGGUUCUGGUGCUGACUCUGUAUUGAACAGACCACUAUGAGAGUCACGUGUGGCACAAAACGCAAAGACGAUCCCUAAAUGUCAGUCUGUUCCUUCAAACGUGUAAAAGUUACAUGAAUGGCUAUUCAUAACUAACGACACGUGAUGCUGACACGUUGCUAUUUCCUAAUUCAAAUUACAUUUAGCAAUUUCCUACAUUUUUACAGAACACGUCAAAGUGCUAAUUCUCUUGCGUUCCAGAGAAAACUGCAGAUCUGCCUGUGUGACUAAACGUGCCUUGAAUUUGCCACUUUUAUCAUGAAAUCCAACCACAGGCGCUUGCACUACGAGUUCUCGGGACCAACUCUUGAAGGAAGAGUGGACCACACACACACACACACACACACACACACACACACACACAACACACACACGGAGUAAGUGCAGUUAAAGCCUGUAAAUCUUGCUACAUGCUCAUACACUCCAAAAACACGCAAUAUCUGUUAAAGUCCUCCAACUAAAGAACAUGAUCUUCUCAGAUAUUUAUCCAUAUUGCACGUAAGCAUAUUUAUGCAUUGGAGACUUCAAACGGACAGUAAAUGUAAGGUGGAAACCAAAACACAGUUAACUUGAAAAUGUUUUUGUCUUUGGUAAAUAAAACCAGCAUCUUUUACCUGAGCUGCUAACUUUCCUUGGUUGUUCUAUAUAAAGUUAUAUUUUUCAGAGGGGAUUUCUGUACUGUGGUAUUUAUAACCAGCUGCCCCGUGUCCUCAAAUUGUUCUCCAAUCACUAUAACUAUUAAUAAAGCAGUUAGAGAGUGUGAAUAUCCUUCAACCUUUCCCUCAAAUGAUUUGAUAUAUAUUUGUAAUUUUUACUAUAUUACCUUUAAGACAAUGCACCAUUUGGCUUUUUUCAGAAAUUUACAAAUUAUGUCCUAGUACUUUUACGUACUACUACUUGUUAUGUAAUUACUAAACAUUAAUAAAUGUUGAUUUUAAUUCUGA